AGAACACAGAUUUCAGAAUAAAAAAACAGCUAAGAAUUAGUGUGUUUGUUGACGUCUGACUGUCACCGACACUUGAAAAAAAGUUUCACUUCCUUUAUUUCAGAGAAAGAAAAUUCAGAGCUGCUUUUCAACACGACAGUUCAGAAGAGGAAGAAAGAAAAGUCUACAAAUAUUGUUUGAGCUGUGGAUCGGUGAAGGACGAUGACAUCUGUAAAUGAUCUGCUCAAGAACUCACUGAAAGAUCUGGGAGACGCUGAACUAAAGGAGUUUCAGUGGCAAUUAGAAAAAGAUCAUGAGUGUAUAACAAAGUCUGAAAUGGAGAAUGCAGAUAGGUUAGACACAGUGGAUAAGAUGGUAGCACGUUUUGGACCAGAAGAAGCUGUGAAGAUCACAGUGGAGAUCCUGAGGAAGAUGAACCAGAAUAAUCUGGCUGAGCAGCUAGAGAACAAACACAAGCAAGCUCAGGCUGAGGGCAGUAUUGAGGAUCCUGCACUUGUUGGACCCAGUUCAAAACUGCUGGAGGGCUCAGCUGCAGAGGACAGUAAAGCUGCUCUUCAUGAGAUCAGCCGCAGACUGAAGGACAAAUUAAAACAGGAGUGUGAGCGAAUAUUGGUUGGUAAUUCUCAGAGGGGUCGUCAGAAAUACCUGAACGAUAUUUACACUGAUCUAUAUGUGGUAGAGAAUGAGACUGGAGGAAUACUGAGUGAACAUGAGGUGAGACAGAUCGAAUUCAAACUAUUUGAUGCCAAGGACACACCGAUCCAGUGCAAUAACAUUUUUAAAGUCCAUAACGGUCGACAAAACAAAAAAGUGUUGACGAUGGGCAUCGCAGGGGUAGGAAAAACAGUCUCUGUCAAUAAAUUAAUCCUUGACUGGGCUGAAGGAAAAGAGAAUCAGGAUAUUGCCUUAAUUUUCCCUCUUCCAUUCCGUAGCCUGAAUUUGAUUAAAGAAGAGUACAGUCUCAUAGGACUGCUUCAGAAAUACUUCUUUAGUUGUCCUGAAGAACUGCCCUCUCUUCCUAAUGGUGACGGUAAAAUCAUGUUCAUCUUUGAUGGGCUGGAUGAAUGUCGCUUCCCUUUGAACUUUAAAAAGAAUGACGGAUUUACAGAUGUUCACAAAGAGACAACAGUGAGUAAGAUAGUUACAAGCCUGAUCAAGAGACAACUGGUUCCUUCUGCUCUAAUCUGGAUCACAUCCAGACCAGCAGCAGCCAGUCUGAUACCCCGAAACUACAUUGAUCAGGUGACAGAGGUGCGAGGAUUCAACGAUGAGCAGAAAGAGCAAUACUUCAACAAAAACAGCAGUCCUGAGGUUGCUGGAAACAUCAUCCGUCAUAUCAGGAAAUCCAGGAGCCUGUACAUCAUGUGCCACAUCCCCAUCUUCUGCUGGAUCUCUCUCACUGUUCUUCAGCCUCUACUGGCUCGAAAGAGUGAUAAAAAAACUCCCACAACUCUCACAGGAAUGUACACAAGCUUCUUACUUACUCAGCAGCAACAGAUGACAGCAAAAUACUGUGAUGAUCCUGAACCUGAAGCCAACCCCAGGUCUUUUGAUGAGAUUAUUCUAAAGCUUGGGAAACUGGCCUUUCAACAGCUGGAGAAAGGAAAUCUGAUUUUCUACAAAGAAGAUCUUGAGAAAUGUGGACUAGAUGUCAGUGAAGGGUCGGUGUUCUCUGGGUUAUGCACUCAGAUCUUUCAGGAAGAAAAAGCUGUUUCAGCAAGAAACGUUUACAGCUUCAUACAUCUCAGCAUCCAGGAAUUCCUCGCUGCUCUCUAUGUGUUUUUGAUUAGCAAUGAUGAGAAAGCAAAGCUACUUUUUCAAUCCCUGAGAGAAAAUCUGACAUGGAAACUGUCCAGAAAGACACAGUUUCAGCUUCAUAAGGGUGCAAUCAACAAGGCUUUACAAAGUGAGAGUGGACACCUGGACCUUUUCCUCCGGUUCCUCCUGGGUCUCUCUCUGGAGACCAAUCAGAGUGACCUGAAGGAAUUAGUGCCAGGACUGGAACUCAAAACAGAGAACAUGAAAAACACUGUUGACUAUAUCAAAAAGAAAAUAAAGAAGGAGAAAUCAGUGGAGAGGACCAUCAAUCUCUUCCACUGUCUACAUGAAAUGAAAGAUGACUUUGUGGAGGAAAUCCAGAAGAAUCUGAGCUCAGGAAAUCUUUCAGAACAGAAUCUCUUCUCUGCUCAGUGGUCUGGUCUGGUGUUUGUGCUCCUGAUGUCAGAAGAGACUCAAGAGAAGUUUGAACUGCAGAAAUACAGAAGAUCUGAUGAAGCAGUGAUAAGACUGCUGCCAGUGAUCAAAAACACAAGAAAAGCACUGCUACAGUGCUGUAAUCUCACUGCUCAGUGUUGUGAGAGUUUGUCAUCAGUUCUACAAUCUUCAAACUCCUUCCUGAGAGAGCUGGACCUGAGUAACAAUGAUCUACAGGAUUUAGGAGUGAGGCUUCUUUCUGAUGGACUAAAAAGUCCAAACUGUCAGCUGGAGAUACUGAGAUAUUCCAUAUGUAAUCUCACUGCUCAGUGUUGUGAGAGUUUGUCAUUAGUUCUACAAUCCUCAAACUCCUUCCUGAGAGAGCUGGACCUGAGUAACAAUGAUUUACAGGAUUCAGGAGUGAAGCUUCUUUCUGAUGGACUAAAAAGUCCAAACUGUCAGCUGGAGAUACUGAUGUUGUCUGGCUGUAUGGUGACAGAGGAAGGCUGUGGUUAUGUGUCUUCAGCUCUGAGUUCGAACCCCUCACACCUGAGAGAGCUGGACCUGAGCUACAAUCACCCAGGAGAUUCAUUCAUUGAUAAAUUCAACCAUCAAAACUGCACACUGGAUAAACUUAAUGUGGAUCAUGGGGGAGAGUUCAGGAUAACAGCAGGACUACACAAAUAUUCCCAUCGGAUCACUCUGGAUCUGAACACAGUGAAUGAACGCCUCCGUCUGUCUGAGAACAACAGAGUGAUUACUGACACUGUCCCAGAGCGUCAGUCGUAUCCUGAUCAUCCAGAGAGAUUUGAUGUUCCUCAGGUGUUGUGUAGAGAGAGUGUGUGUGAUCAACGCUGUUACUGGGAGAUUGAGUGCAGUGUUGGUGUGUAUAUAUCAGUGUCAUAUAAGAGCAUCUGCAGGAAGGGAGAGGGUGAUGAGUGUCGGUUUGGAUCUAAUGAUCAGUCCUGGAGUUUGAUCUGCUUUUCCUACAGUUACUCAUUCAGACACAAUAACAAACAGACUGAUCUCCCUGUAAAGCCCAUCAUCAUCAGGAGAACAGGAGAGUAUGUGAAUCACUAUAGAGUAGGAGUGUAUGUGGAUCACAGGGCAGGAACUCUGUCCUUCUACAGCGUCUCUGGAGACACAAUGAGCCUCAUCCACACAGUCCAGACCACAUUCACUCAACCCCUCUAUCCGGGGUUUAUGGUUUGGCCUGGAUCAUCAGUGAAACUGUGUUGAUGAAUCAGAACAGACUGUAGAGAGAUUCUACCCAGAAUGCUUUGAGCUCAUGAUGAAUCAGAACAGAGAGACUUUACCCAUAAUGCUUUGAGCUGAUGAUGAAUCAGAGAUGUUAUAGAGUCUCUUCAUUACAUUAAUACUGAAAUAUCAUGACACAAUAAAUUGAUGAAGAACAUGUGACUGUCAUCAUUCAUGUGAUGUUCCUCUAGUGUUUGUGCUCCAAUCAUAAAUCAGAUAUGAAUUGAUGAUGAAUAUGUUAAUGUCUGAAUGCUGUAUGAAUCAUCAGCUGCGUGUGAAAUAUGAUAAUUCCUUCAGGAGAGUUUCUGACAUCAUCAAAUAUGACAUUCAUCAUCUCACUUCAUUAAAUAUAUUUACUGUAACUACUGCUGAAUUAUUAUGGAUCAUAAAUCAGUUAUUUUAUUCACUAAAACAUGUAAAAAUGUGCAGACUUUGCUGAAGUGAUUUGAACAGGUAUCAACUUAGAUAUAAUGCAAAUAUUACUGUAGCUGAAGUAUUUGUGUCAAUACUGUAUGGAGGACCAAAUGACUCAAAAUCACAUCAUGAAAUAAAUGUUGAAAUAUUGUAAUAAAUGUUGAACUGCAGUUUACAUGUA